AAAUCCGCAGCUUGGAUAGAAGUGCUAAGCGUUUAUUAUUAGAAACAGUUGUACGGUAGGAAGUGGCUUGCGUGACUGCAUGCCUCCCUUAUGCGUUUCCCUCGCUCAUGUCUUUCUUUCAGGACCGUGCAACACAUGCUGGUUUUGAAAACCUGGCACGUAUCAGAAAAAAAAGGACUAAGAAGAAAAAUUGGCAAGACGUAUAUCUGAGGAGUUAAAAAAGAAAUCAACAUCCUUGGUAUCUGGGGGGAAUAAAGUAACGGACAGCAUCAGGCAGAGUUAUUGGACGCACAGUGCGAAGCCUAUGAAGAGACUGCAGCUUACUGUACCUGGUCGCCGAGGCAGCGCUUGUGGACUGAAGGACGAAAUGAAUGAGGAGGCGCGGCAUUAGGCGAGUCACGAGCCUAACGGUCUGCAGCGGCGUUCCGGGUGGAGCCGGGCUCUGCGCUCCCUGCACGAGGAGAGGGCGCCGAAUGAAUGCAUGCCCGGGCCAUCGAGCAGCAAGUUAGCGAUGGCAGCCCAGGAGGAGGAGAGGUUGCCAAGGGUGACAGUACUUCAUGAAUACAUUGGCAAUAGAACAUUUGAGGUUUCCCCCACCUCAACUAUAAGAGACAUCAAGCAGCUCAUCUAUAUAGAAACGAACCUUCCUGUACUCGAGCAGCAGCUGUCAGAAAAAGGAAAAGAGAUAAAUGAUAGGGUUCAGAUUGGAGAUCUCUUGCAUUCUAGAGGCUGCAUAAUUUUUCUGGUUCUUAAUACAAAAGGACUAAAAGGUGGAGGAAGAUUUGGUCAGACUACACCACCGUUAGUGGAAUUUUUGAAAGAUAUUUUAAGACGGUAUCCAGAGGGAGGACAAAUUUUAAAGGAGCUAAUUCAGAAUGCAGAAGAUGCAGGAGCUACUGAAGUUAAGUUUAUGUACGAUGAACGAGAAUAUGGAAGAGAGUCUCUUUGGUCAGCAGACAUGGAACAGUAUCAGGGACCAGCUUUGUAUGCCUAUAAUAAUGCAAUUUUCACUAUGGAAGACUGGAAUGGCAUUCAGGAAAUUGCAAGAAGCAGAAAAAGAGAAGAUCCACUUAAAGUUGGUAGAUUUGGAAUUGGAUUUAACUCUGUUUACCACUUGACGGAUGUUCCAAGCAUUUUCAGCGGUGAUCAGAUUGGAAUUUUAGAUCCUCAUCAAGUGCUUUUUGGGCCUCAUGAAUCGGGACAGUGUUGGAAUUUAAAAACAGAUAUUAAAGAAAUAACUGAACAUGUAGACCAGUUUGCUCCUUAUGUUGGCAUCUUUGGAAUUUCAGAGAAAAUGAUCAAAGAUGGAAUUUUUCCUGGCACUUUAUUCAGGUUUCCACUUCGAAUCAAACCUUCUCAGCUGAGCAGCAACAUUUAUAAUAAAGAGAAGGUACUCGAGCUGUUUGAGUCUUUUAAAGUAGAUGCAGACACUGUGCUCCUUUUUCUAAAGAAUGUACAGGUGGUAUCUUUGCAUGUGAGGGAAUCAGAUGGCACUGAAAGGAUGUUGUUCAGGGUAACUGCUGGGGAGAAUCAAGAACUAAAACUUGAACGACCAGACUCUUUAAAGACUUUAGGCUUGGCUAUAGACCAGUACAAUAAUGGUGUUCAAUGCAACAAAAUAACAUGUGCAAUAUAUCAAGUUAAUAUAGUGACUGAAGAUGAAACAGCCAAGGAGACACAGAAAGCCUCUUGGCUUGUCUGCAAUAGCAUAGGUGGUCGCGGCAUAUGCAAUGAGUUGGACUGUUUAGCAGAUGACUUGAAAUUUAUUCCUGUUAUUGGACUAGCAAUGCCUUUAACAUUUAUGGAUGAGGAAAAAGGAGCCGUGUGUGGAUUCUCAGGGAGAGCAUUUUGCUUUCUUCCUCUGCCCCCUGGAGAAGAAAGUAUGACUGGUCUUCCUGUUCAUGUGAGUGGAUUUUUUGGAUUGACUGACAACCGGAGAAGCAUCAAAUGGAGAGAAGUUGACCAGUGGAGAGAUCCCGCAGCAUUGUGGAAUGAGCUCCUUAUUAUAAAUGUUGUCCCAAGAGCAUACUCCACUCUUCUUUUGGAAGCCAUCAAAAGGAUCCAGACAGAAAAGGACCAGGACUUUGGUCUGUCUGCUGUAGGCAUAUAUAUGACCUGGCCAGAUCUAAACCAGGUUCGGGCUCGCUGGAAACCAGUUCUUGAGCGUCUCUAUCAGGAACUCUUCCAACAUGCAAUUAUCUACUCAUUUGGUGAGCGGUGGCUUAAAAUAGGUGCUGUUCAUUUCUGUGAACUGGAUGACAGCAUUCACUACACAGAGACUGUCAUAAACUACCUCCAAACCUCAGGAAUGCAGGUUGCCAAAGUACCUGCCAAUGUAGCUACUGCCUUGGACCAUUACACAUCAGAUUCCAAGUUAGUAAAAAAAGUUACUCCUGCAUUGGUACGACAGGUAUUAAGGAAGGUCAAGCACAAAGGGACAUCACAAGAAAAACUACAGUUAUUGGAAUAUGUCCUCUCUGAUGAAAAUUACAGUGAGCUUAUUGGGCUGGAGCUGCUUCCCUUACAGAAUGGCACAUUUACAUCCUUUUCUUCUUCAUCAGCUGAAAAAGAUGCAGUAUACAUAGCUACAGAUGAAUUUCCAAGGUCACUGUUCCCAGGUCUGGAGGGAAGAUUAAUUUCAGAAAAUAUAAAUCCUUCUAUCAGGACUGCCCUCAAAGAAUCUGUGAAGAGCAGAGUAAGGCAAUGCACACAGAUACAAUACUUGACACCAGAACGUUCUGCACGCCUCAUUAAAGAAAUUUUGUCAUCAACCUGGCCUAGUAGAGAUUUGGUAGUCCAAUGGUACCCAGAGAGUCAAGAGAAGAAACAUCCAAGCAUCACCUGGUUAAAAAUGGUUUGGAAGUACCUGUACAUACAUUUUGCAGAUGAUCUCAGUAUUUUUGAUGACAUGCCUUUGAUUCCAAAUGGUCCCUUAGAUGAUAAUUUGACAUCCUUGGAGCUUCUAAGAUUAAAAACACCUUCUCCAAUAAUUUUAGAAAAUGAAGGUGAAUCCCCUCUACCUGAAUUCCUUCCUGAAAUAAUUGAAAAACUUGGUGGAAUUGUUGUGAAAAAAUUGGAUCCAACCUUGCAUCACCCUCUACUCAAAAAAUAUACUCACCCUUCAACUCCCAGCUCAGUAUUACAGAUCAUGGACAGAGUAUCUCCUCAAAGAACAGCCAGUCAAGUUGCAGCUUUUCCAACAAAGCUCAAGAUUGCCUUGAGACAUUAUUUUGCUGGCUUACAGGAUAUCAAUGAGAAAGAAAGUCAAUUAUUGCAUGAUCUGAUGAUAUUUAAUAAAAUCGGGCAGUCAUCAGAUUCAUUUACAAUGAUAAGGGGAAGCAAAGUUUUACAUCAUACAGCUAAACUCCCUCCAGGCAUUAGAAUGUCUGCCACAGUUGUUGACAACAGUGAUGAAGCUACUAUUAGACUUGUUACAAUGCUGAAAGUGGAACAACUGAAAAGUACAGACUGCUUGAAGCUAAUAAUUGAUGAUACUGAAAAAGGUUUUUACUCUAAGGAGGAAGUAACAGAUAUCAUGCUAUGGGUUCUUAAACACUUGCAAUACUUAAAAAAUGAAUGUUCCUUAGUGGUGGAAUGGCUAUCAUCAUUGAAGUUUAUUCUUACUUCGCAAGGGAAGUUUGUUGCUGCCAAAGAUCUCUUUGAUCCAGAAAUAGAAAUUUUGAAAAACUUAUUUUAUUCAGAUGAACAUCUUUGGUUUCCUCCUACUAUAUAUACUUCAUCUUCAGAUACUGUUCAUUCUUUAAGGCAGGUGGGCUUAAAAAAUGAAUUGCAGCUAAGUGAAAAGGAUUUUCUGCAAGUAGCAAAGAAAAUCGAACAGUUGCAAAAAAAUGUUAAAACUGAAAGAGAUGCUAUUUUUAAGAAAGCUGAGACCCUACUUAAAGUACUAAAUAAGCACGGAAACCUUGUAAAAUCAGCAGAGGCCCAAUUGUCUUUACAGAAAAUAAAAUGGGUUCCAGUCUGCAAGGAAAGACCUCCAAAUUACCCGCAAUCCCUUGCAUGGAAAGGUGAUUCAUUGAGCUUGAGCUGUCUAAGUAAUAUGUGUGAUGUGUCUCAUGCGGUAUUAGUGGGCUCAUCAGUUGCUCUUGUCGAGCACAUUUCUCCAAGUAUGAAAAAAGCUCUUAAACUUUCAAUAGAGCCUCAAGUGGACCAGGUGCUGCAGCAUUUAAAAGCUGUUAUAGACUGGCAUCGGUCACAGCAGUUUACUACUGAAGAUUGGUAUCAGUUUCAGCAGAUUCUACUGGAAAUAUAUGAGUUUAUGCAAGAACACUUAGAAAAUGCUGGCGAAGUAUUGAAAACAUUGACGUUUGAUUGGAUUUGGACAGGCAAGACUUUUGCCUCUCCCGCACAGACCGUUUUAAAACCAAUUCUGGAUUUAGAUUUACAGCCAUAUCUGCAUUCUUUGCCUAAAACCAUGGUAAAAUUUCAAAGACUUUUCCGGAUUUCUGGAUCACUGGAAGAAGCAGUACCUAGUCAUGUUUUUCAAGUUAUUAAUUGUAUUAAAGAGAAGUGUAAUGGGGAAAUGUCACCUGAGGAGAGCAAGGAGAACCUGCUGUUGUUGCUUAGCAUUUUUAGAUGGCUAUACAACAGUCAGACUCCCGUAGAUCUUGAUACAGCUGUCCCCAUACUUUACAACAAAGAUCCUGCCAGAUUAGUAAUGAGGCCUAUUCAUGAAUGUAGCUAUUGUGACAUAAAAGUGGAUGACUUAAAUGACUUAAUUGAUGAUGUCUCAGAGCCAAUCAUUCUGGUACAUGAUGACAUCCCUAUGAAAACUGCUGAGUGGCUGAAAGUCCCAUGUCUAAGUACAAGAUUAAUCAAUCCAGAAAAUUUAGGCUUUGAACAAUCUGGUCAAAGGGAACCUCUAACUGUGCGAAUAAAAAACAUUUUAGAAGAGUACCCAUCAGUUUCAGACAUUUUCAAAGAACUAUUACAAAAUGCGGAUGAUGCAAGUGCAACAGAGUGCAGUUUUCUAAUUGAUAUGCGCAAAAACCUUGACAUGCGUGAAAAUCUACUGGAUCCAGGUAUGGCUGUUUGCCACGGCCCUGCUUUGUGGUCUUUUAACAACUCUGUUUUUUCUGAUUCAGAUUUUUUGAACAUAACCAGGUUAGGUGGCUCAAUAAAGCGAUGUGAAGUUGACAAAGUGGGAAAAUUUGGACUUGGAUUUAAUUCUGUUUACCAUGUCACUGAUAUUCCCAUCAUUAUGAGCCGAGAAUUCAUGAUCAUGUUUGACCCCAAUAUUAAUCACAUAAAUAAACAUAUUAGAGAUAAAUCCAACCCUGGAAUUAAAAUCAAUUGGAGUAAACAACAGAAGCGAUUAAGGAAGUUUCCUAACCAGUUUAAGCCCUUCAUUAAUGUCUUUGAUUGCCAGUUGCCACUAACUUUAGAGUCACCAUACCGGUACAAUGGGACUCUCUUCCGGCUUCCUUUCAGAACUGAACAAGAGGCAGCUCUGAGUGAAAUAAGCAGUGUUUACUAUAAUACAACUGACAUUUACUCGCUUGUAGAUGAGUUCAGCAUUUGUGGACAUAGACUGAUUCUAUUUACACAACACGUUGGUACUAUGUUUUUGAAAUACUUAAAAUCGGAAGAGCCAAACCCAGCUGUUUCACAAGAUGUUGUUAUCAUCAAGAAGUUGGUAUGCCCCUCUAAAGCUAUGUAUGGACCAGUAAGCAUCUUAAAAUCAGCAGCAAAGGUAAUGAAAAAAGCUGCACACUCAAAUAAAGUGCCCUCUGAUCCUCCAAAGUCAUCUUCUCUUAUUCGAAUAAUAGUUGAAGAAUUCCAUCAUGUCUUCAGACGUAUAGUUGAUCUUCAGUCACCUCUUUUUAGAGGGCCAGAAGAUGACUCUGCUUCUUACUUUGAAUCAGCAGCAAAAGGAACCCAGGGAAAAAGAGGUAGUGAUGAAAUGCAACAGAAGGCAAUAGAUGUAACUAACUGGCUUAUUUCUUUUUGCAUGGAUGUUGGAGAAGCACUUAAAUUUUCAAUAAAUGAAAGUGGUAAAAGAUUGGGAUUAGUUCCCUGUGGUGGAGUUGCAGUUUUGCUCUCAGAAACAGAGGACCACAAGUGGACUGUUAAAACAAAUUCCAGCCCCAUUGGUGAAGUGUUUUGUUAUCUACCACUUCGAAUAAAGACUGGAUUGCCAGUCCAUAUCAAUGGAUGUUUUGCUGUCACCUCUAAUCGAAAGGAGAUCUGGAAGACUGAUACAAAAGGCAGAUGGAACUCUGUGUUCAUGAGGCACGUAAUAGUCCAGGCUUAUUUGGAAGCCCUUAGCACACUCCGGGUCAUGUCAGUCAAUGGUGAGCUAGUUGACUACAAAUACUAUGCAGCAUGGCCAGAUCCAGGAUCUGUACAUGAUGAUUUUGCUUUAAUAUCUCAAGGAGUAUACCAAGAAAUUUCCAAAGGCAGCGAAAAAGAUAUUGCAAAAGUGUUCUCAGAUGGACACAGCUGGGUUUCUAUUAAUUAUGUCAGGUUCCUUGAUGACAUUUUACUGAGCAGACAGGACAUUGGCCCAUCAGCUUUUGAGAUUUUUUUGAAGUAUCUUGGUAAAAGUGGAUCCCAAAACCUAUGUGCAGUUGAGCUGCCAUAUUGGAUCAAAGAGGGAUUUGAAGAUGCAGGUUGCAAAAGCAUUUUGCAAGAAAACACUUUAACUGAAAAACAGUUUUUCACAAAUGUGUUUUUUCCACAUAUCCAAGAAAUUGAGAAAAAUCUCAGGGAUCCCUUGAUGCUGUACGUUCUAAAUGAAAAAGUAGAGGAAUUUGCUUCAAUUGUGAAAGUAACUCCGUGUGUACCAUGCUCUGCCAAAUCACAUAAACUGGUUCUCCCUUCAAGCCUCAUUCAUCCAGAGGGCAGGGUGGCCAAACUGUAUGAUGCAGAUGAUGGUCGUUUCCCACAGGGAACUGCUCAAGAUUAUUUAAAUCCAGUCUGUUUGAUAAAACUUGUCCAACUGGGAAUGGCAAAGGACGAUAUUUCUUGGGAUGAUUUAAUAGAACGUGCUGAGUCAGUAGCAGUUCUCAACAAAACUGACCACAAUGCAGCAUGUCUGAGAAGCAGUAUUAUACUCAGCUUGAUUGACGAAAAGUUAAAGCUAAAAGAAGACCAAGAAGAGCUAGCUAAUAAACUUAAGAAUAUUUGUUUUCUUCCUUUUUUGACAAAGCCUGCUGGUUUCUCAUUACCUUGGUAUGGAAACAAUUUUGAACAUUCAAUGAUGUUUGCAGCAAAUGACCUUUACACAACUGAUCACCAGGAUACAGUUUGCUUAAUGAAGCCUAUACUAAAUGAAAAUUCUCCUUCCUUUAAAGGAUGUGGUCCAAUCACACUAGCAGUGAAGGACUUUUUAGGGUUAAUAAAGAAGCCAUCAGUUGAUCUUGUUAUCAGCCAAUUGAAGGAACUUUCCAAAUCAUUUGAUGGUGUUACCCUGUAUCAAGAAAAUAUUACUAAUGCAUGCUACAAAUAUCUUCAUGAGGAAAUACUACAGAAUGAAGGCACAUGUGAAGAAGUAACCAAACAAUUCAGAAUGUUCAAUUCCAUUCUUGUUGAGAACAGCUAUGUUGAUCCUGCUAAAGUUGCCUUCUGUCUUAACUUUGAUUCAGCUCCUUAUUUGUAUCAGCUACCCAAUAAAUACCGGCACAGUUUCCGUGAAUUAUUUGAGCGUUCUGGUGUGCAGCAGACCUUCUCAGUGGAAAAUUUUGCUGCUGUACUUGAAGCUGUUAAAAAUGAUUGUGGCCGUGGGCAGCUUACUGAAGACAACUUCCAGUUAUGCCGCAGAAUCAUCAGUGAAGGAAUCUGGGGUUUAAUCCGAGACAAAAACCAAGAAUUUUGCCAAAGCAAAUAUGGUAACAUUUUGUUACCAGACACCAAUCUUACUCUCCAUGCAGCCAAAUCUCUGUGCUACAAUGAUUGCCCUUGGAUUAAAGUCAGGGAUACAUCUGUCAAGUAUUGUCACAGUGAUAUUCCUAGAGAAGUAGCAGUGAAGUUAGGUGCAGUACCCAAGCGCCACAAAGCCUUAGAGCGCUAUGCAUCCAAUAUUUGUUUUACCACGCUUGGAAGUGAAUUUGGGCAAAAAGAAAAACUCACAAGCCGAAUUAAAAGUAUUCUUAAUGCAUAUCCAUCAGAAAAGGAAAUGUUAAAGGAGCUUCUUCAAAAUGCAGAUGAUGCUAAAGCUACAGAAAUUUCUUUUGUGUAUGAUCCAAGAGAUCAUGCAACAGAUAGAAUAUUUGAUGAUAAAUGGAUGCCCCUUCAGGGCCCUUCUCUUUGUGUCUACAACAAUCAACCAUUUACAGAAGAUGAUAUUAGAGGAAUUCAGAAUCUAGGAAGAGGAACAAAAGAAGGGAAUCCUGGUAAAACUGGGCAAUAUGGUAUAGGCUUUAAUUCAGUAUAUCACAUCACUGACUGUCCUUCCUUUAUAUCAAAUAAUGACAUUCUUUGCAUAUUUGAUCCUCAUGCAAGAUAUGCACCAGGGUCAACGUCUGUCAGUCCAGGGAGAAUGUUUAGGGAUUUGGAUGCUGACUUUAGGACACAGUUUUCUGAUGUACUUAAUCUGUAUUUGGGAGACCAUUUUAAGCUUGACCAUUCAACAAUGUUCCGAUUUCCAAUACGGAAUACUGAGAUGGCUAAAGUAUCAGAAAUUUCUUCAGUUCCUGCCUCAGACAGAAUGGUACAAAAUCUGUUGGACAAGCUCAGGGCUGAUGGAGCAGAGCUCCUUAUGUUUUUGAAUCACAUGGAAAAAAUUUCUAUCUGUGAAAUUAAUAAGAGCACUGGAGAACUAAAGGUCUUGUACUCUGUAACUGCCAAAAUAACAGAGGGAGAUCGACUGAAACGCAAACAGUUCCAUGCCUCUGUAAUAGACAGUGUCACCAAAAAAAAGCCUCUGCCAAAUAUACCAGUACAGCAGAUCACUUACACUAUGGAUACAGAGGACUCCGAAGGCAACCUUACAACUUGGCUGGUAUGUAACCGAUCGGGAUUUGCAAACAUGGAAAAUGUCUCAAAAAGUGUCAUAUCUGCACACAAGAAUGAAGAUAUCACACUUUUUCCUCGAGGUGGUGUUGCGGCUUGCAUUAGUCAUAAUUAUAAAAAGCUUUACAGAGCUUUUUGCUUUUUACCUUUAUCUCUGGAAACAGGAUUACCUUUUCAUGUAAAUGGUCAUUUUGCUUUGGAUUCUGCAAGGCGAAAUCUGUGGCGAGAUGACAAUGGUGUUGGAGUGAGAAGUGACUGGAAUAAUAACCUUAUGACUGCUUUGAUUGCUCCAGCUUAUGUAGAGCUGCUAAUACAAUUAAAACGGCGUUUUUUUUCAGGUGCUGAUCCAACCAUUACAGUAAUACAGGGCACACCUUUUCAUAUUGUGAAAGAUACUUUGAAAAAGUUUCUUUCAUUUUUCCCAGCAAAUAGGCUUGACUUUCAGCCAGACUGGUAUUGUCUUGUUAAGGCUGUGUACAAGUGUAUUCAUGCAGAUUUAAAGCGUUUACUUCCUGUCGUAAGAGCUCCCCACAUGGACAACACAGAAUUACACUCCACUAUUUAUAUAUCCUGGGUAAAUACGUCCACAGCCAAUAAAGGGAGAGCAUUUUUUGAUAAUUUGCUUCAAGAUGAACUCCAGCACCUGAAAAACACGGAAUAUAACAUUACUACGCGAAAAACAAUUGCAGAAAAUGUGUAUAGAUUGAAAACGAUGUUGCUAGAUGUUGGUUUUAACCUGGUUUAUAGCUGUGAGGAAACAGCAAGCCUGUAUUACUGUCUUGAAGAUGCUGGGAUUCCUGUAAGCUAUGUCACACCAGCAGAUGUAAGAUCAUUUCUUUUAACCUUUUCAGCUCCAGACACGUGCUGCCACAUUGGAAAACUUCCAUGUCGAUUACAGCAGUCUAAUUUCAAACUUUUUCAUAGCCUUAAACUUCUGGUUGAUUACUGUUUCAAAGACGCCGAGGAGAGUGAAAUUAAAAUUGAAGGACUGCCACUGUUGAUUACCAUGGACAACAUUCUCCAAGUGUUUGAUGCAAAGCGGGCAAAGUUUUUGACAACUUAUCAUGAUUUGAUUUCCCCACGUAAGGAACUUUUCAUGAAUACUCUCUACAUGAAGUAUAGCACUCUUCUUAUGAAUUGUGGUGUUGCUAAGACCUUUGACAUCAGUAGCUUUGGUGAUUUAUUAUCUUCAGUAUUGCCACGUGAAUACAAGACAAAGUAUUUUGUCAGGUGGAAAGAAAACUAUGCCAGUGAAUCUUGGCUGAAAAGUACUUGGCACUUCAUUAGUGAAAAUGUAUGCAUCAAAGAGGAACAAGCAGAUACUAAGCCAAAAUUUGAUACAGUCCUUGAUAUAUUAAAGGAUUGGGCACUGCUUCCAUGUAUAAAGUUUAUGGUCUCCAGCAAUAAAUUAGUUGUUCCUGAGUGUGAUAUCCUUUUACCCCUGAGCUUGAUAUAUGCUGCUAUUUUUCCAAAUGGACAAAAUGACAGAGUAUUUCACACUUUGAUGAAAGGAGGAUGUGUACAGUUAGCUCUUAACAAAAUCUGUUCAAAAGAAAAUUCCUUGGUGCCUUUGUUAGCUAUGCACACAGCAAACACUGACAAUCCGUCCAGCAUACUAAAGGCAAUUAACUACAUGAUACAAUCUUCAGCUUUUAAGACUGAAAGAUUAAUGGACAAUGACAUUGAAGCACUGCUUUUGUACUUCAAUUGCAAUCUAAGUAAUCUAUCUGAAAAUGAUGUGGAAAGAUUGAAAAUGCUACCUUGUUAUAAGUCUGUCAGUGGCCAGUACACCAGCCUUUCAAAGUUUGCAUCAUGUUUUAUAUUGACAAAAAUUAUUCCUUCUGCUGACAUGGAAAAGUGGGCUCAGUCGACAUCAUCUGCAUUUCUUCUUGACAACCCCAAUUUAAAAGAACUGUACUAUUUCCUUGGCUGUGUUCCUAUUGAUGAUCUUGAGGUUUAUCUGAAACAUCUUCUUCCUAAGUUUGACAGUCUAUCCUAUGAUGCUAAGAUUGAGCACCUUGUUUAUCUAAAAAGCAGUCUUUCAAAUAUGGAAGAUUCUUCAGGAAUUAAAGAACAACUUUUUGAAAAACUUGAGAGUCUUUCUUUUAUUUAUGAUGCAACAAAGAGGAUAAAACCUGCAAAAACAUUCUUUGAUCGUACUGUCAAGGUUUAUGAAGUGAUGCUCCCAGAAAAGGCUUUCAUACCCCAGGAUUUCUUUAAAAAGAUUGAACAGUAUGUAAAGCCUAAAAAUGGAGCUACAUUUAUUUCUUCGUGGAUAUCAUUCCUUAGAAAUAUAGGACUAAAAUACAUGGUUUCCCAGCAUCAGCUGCUGCAGUUUGCAAGGGAUGUGAGCGUAAAGGCACAGGCUGAAAACUGGUCAAAGGAAAAAGCACAGACUAUCGUUGACAUUUUACUAAAUUAUAUCUUUAAUGAGCGGACAGAUUUGUUUUUGGGAGUAUUUCUCAAGGAGCUUUCAAUAAUUCCAUUUUUAUGUCCAGAACGUGCUCCAGCUGAACUUGUUCGACUUCAUCCUCAGUAUCAGGAGGUUAAUAACACUCUCCCACUUAUCCGCUUCAGUGGCUCACAGGUAAAUCCAAAAUUUAAACAAACAGAUGUUAUGCAAUUGCUUUGGACAUCUUGCCCCAUUCUCCCAGAAAAGGCCACACCAACAAGUAUUAAGGAACAGGAUGGAAGCAGUCUAGGAGCACAGGAGCAACUUGAUCAAGUUCUGGCUAUGCUGAAUGUCAACCUGGAUCCACCUUUGGAAAAAGUUAUUAGCAAUUGCAAAAAUAUAUGUAGCCUAACUAACCUGGAUGAUGAAAUGGUGAAAACUAGGGUAAAAGUAUUAAGAAGUACGUAUGAUUUUCUGAAUGCAGAUAAAAGAGAAUUUCGCUUCCAAUUACGAGGAACUGCAUUUGUUAUGGUUGAAGAUGGUUGGAAGUUACUUAAACCAGAAGAAGUUGUUAUUAAUCUAGAUAAUGAGUCUGACUUUAAGCCUUACUUGUAUAAACUACCUUUGGAGCUUGGCACCUUUCACCAGCUUUUUAAGCUUCUUGGUACAGAAGACAUCGUUUCCACAAAACAAUAUGUUGAAGUUUUGUGCCGCAUUUUUAGGAACUCUGAAGGAAAGCAACUUGAUCCCAAUGAAAUGAGAACUGUAAAAAGGGCAGUAUCAGGACUCUUUAAAAGUCUCCAGAAUGAGCCAGUUCAAGUGCGGCAGGACCUAGAAAGCCUCAGAGACCUAAUGUUUUACCUUCCCAGCCAUGAUGGAAGGCUUGCAAAAUCUAACAUGUUAGUUUUUGAUGAUGCUCCCCACUACAAAAGCAGAAUUCAAGGCAACAUUGGAGUUCAGAUGCUUGUUGACCUUAGUCAGUGUUAUUUAGGAAAAGAUCAUGCUUUCCAUACAAAAAUGAUAAUGCUUCUGCCGCAAAAAAUGAGGCCACAACUUCUUAGCAGCAUUUUAGAGGAACAACUGGAUGAAGAAACUCCAAAAAUGUGUCAGUUUGGUGCUUUGUGCUCUCUUCAAGGUCGAUUACAGCUUCUUCUUUCAUCUGAGCAAUUUAUUACUGGGCUCAUUCGAAUUAUGAAACAUGAAAAUGAUAAUGCAUUUGUGGUGAACGAAGAAAAAGCAGUUAGAUUAUGCAGGGCCCUUCGAGAAGGUUUAAAGGUUUCUUGUUUUGAGAAACUCCAGACAACCUUGAGGGUGAAAGGCUACAGCCCUAUCCCACACAGUAAAAGUGAAACUCUUGCAUUUCUGAAAAGAUAUGGAAAUUCUGUAAUUCAUCUCUACAUUCAACACUCAGACAGUAAGGAUAUAAACUUUUUGUUAGCACUGGCAAUGACACUGAAAUCAGCAACAGACAAUUUGAUUUCUGAUACUUCUUAUCUGAUAGCUAUGCUUGGAUGCAAUGACAUUUACAGGAUUACUGAAAAACUUGACAAUUUAGGUGUCAAAUACGAUUCCACUGAGCCAUCCAAGCUUGAACUUCCACAGCCUGGUACUCCCAUUCCAGCAGAGAUUCACCACAUACUGCUUAUGGAUCCUAUGAAUGUUUUUUAUCCUGGAGAGUAUGUUGGAUAUCUUGUUGACUCUGAAGGGGGAGAUGUAUAUGGAUCUUACCAGCCAACCUACACAUAUGCUAUUAUAGUCCAAGAGGUGGAAAAAGAAGAAGAGGAGAACCCAACCUUUCUGGGAAAGUAUUUCCAAAUUGACAUUGGGUAUAGUGAGUACAAGAUAGUCAGUUCUUUGGAUUUGUAUAAAUUUUCAAGGCAAGAUGAAAGCUCUAAUAUAAGAGAUAGUACCCCUUCAACACCAACAAGCCCAUCAGAAUUUCCAUCUCCAGGACCAAGAGUGGUGCCUCCUCUCUUUUCUGGAAAAGAAAACCAUAAAGCACCUUCAUCUAAACACCAGUCACCACAGAAACUGAAAUUAAAUACUCUACCGGAGAUCCUUAAAGAAGUUACUCUAGUGAUAGAGCAGGCCUGGAAACUUCCUGAAUCAGAAAGGAAAAAGAUUAUCAGGAGGCUUUACCUUAAAUGGCACCCUGACAAAAAUGCAGAAAAUUUGGAAAUAGCAACAGAGGUAUUCAAGCACUUGCAAAAUGAAAUCAGCAGGUUGGAGAAACAAGGCCUUAUUGACCCAACUGCAGAUAGAGCUUGCAGGAGACCAUUCUCAACCUCCUCUGCACGAUUUCAGUCUGAAAAGUUUUCAUUUCAAAGGUUUUAUACAUCAUGGAAUCAGGAGGCUACAAGCCAUAAGUCAGAGAAACAGCAUUUCAGAGAACAUUUCACAAGCUAUGCCGGUUCAAACCAUUCACCCCGUUUUUUUGUACCUCCUACUUUCAAAUCAGUGGGCAACCCAGUUGAGGCACGGAGAUGGUUAAGACAAGCAAGGGCAAAUUUUUCUGCCGCUAGAAAUGAUAUGCACAAAAAUGCAAAUGAAUGGGUAUGCUUUAAAUGCUAUCUGGCUACCAAACUUGCAUUGAUAGCUGCUGACUAUUCAGUUAGAGGAAAAUCAGACAAAGAUGUAAAGCCAGCUGCCUUGGCCCAAAAAGUGGAGGAGUACAGCCAACAGCUUACAGGACUCGCAGAAGAUGUGCACAUUUUGGAAGCAUAUGGUGUAGAUAGCUUAAGAACCCGCUACCCAGACCUUCUUCCGUUUCCUCAGAUUCCAAAUGACAGGUACACCUCUGAAGUAGCAAUGCGGGUAAUGGAAUGCACAGCUCGUGUCAUUAUUAAACUUGAAAAUUUUGUUCAGCAAAAAAUAUAGCUUAUAUUCACUGGUCAAAGCAAAUGUAUAUACAGUAUUACUUAUGGUUAUGAAAAGAAGAGCAGCACAGCACAAUGCAAAUAACUUUAGUGCUGAGGUAUAAAUGCAUGUGUACACCAUAGGUGAUGUACAGUGUUUAAUAGACAGCAUAUGUACACACACAGUAUAUUGUGUGGGAAUGUGGGACUGGACUGGCAGCUUAGAUAUACAGUGUUUUUACUGUAUAUGUCCAUUGCAUAUUUGCAGGUGUUGCUUUCUGGUGUAAAAGUUUCUUUAAGUAGUCUGAGCCUAAAUAAGCCAUUAUGGUCCUUCUUUGGAAAAAAAGAUAUAUAGAUACAUAAAGAUAUGUGUAAUUAGUAUGUUUAUUAGCUAGAUAGCUGUACAUAAUUAAGUCAGAGCAAUUAGAAGCUAUAUCUACUUUUUAACCAAAGGCACUUAAUGAUUGAGUAGCUUUCCAAAUAAUAUACUAUAUGUAUGUAUGAAUG